AUGUCCAACAGUAAUCAUUAUCCAUUAGAUCUCAGCAACCUUGACAAACAACAACAAGAGGAAGAAGAAGAAGAGGAUAUUGAAGACAUUGAAAUAGUCAAUUCGAAUAUUAUUACAACUACCCUAUCACGUGAACAACAACAACAACAAGAAUUAUUUAGACAAAUUGAAGAAUUCUUUUUAAACGAACGUAGCAAGAUGCAACCAAAUAAUAAUAAUAACUAUAACUACUACUAUAAUGUGGUGUACCAGAACAACGUGUACAAUGGAAACUACUAUAACUAUCAGCCACCUUGGCCCACACCCGUCGCAGGUCAGCAGACUGGCAGUCCGAACCGAGUCAACCCUGCCAACAACCAAGCAACUGCCACCACCCAACCCAAUAAUCCAAACCCAUCCACAUCCUCGUCAACAUGGCCAGUCAACGCACAACAACAACAACAACAGCAACAACAACCAUGGCCAACACCUCCAGCAGCCGUAGACGUUCAUUCACCUGCCAACCCAGGUCCACCAGCCGCCACCUACGGACCAUGGGCACAACCACAAUGGGGGUCAAUCCCAUGGGGAGUUCCACAACAAGUACCUGUCACUAUCCCAGCGGGACAACAUCCACAUCAACAAUCACAACAACAAACAUCAACCUCCUCCACUAUACCAUCAUCGCCAAGCGAGGCAUCCAACCCAACCAACGCACCAGAAAACCAAAAGAAAAAACAUAAACUCUCAUCUACAUCUCCACACAGAGGUGAAUCCUAA